AUGUUGUCACUUUUGGCUGUCAAAUUUUGGAAGAGCUUCCUUUUCGUGUGCGCGAAGGUUUGUUUUUCUGGGUUUAUUCUGCGUUUUUCGCUAUCAGUUUGAGCAGCAUCCGCGCCGUGUCCGCGUUAGAAUCGACUUCCGAAAAGUUCCUGUGGCCACCCGAUCCGGUAGAACUAGUGGUCUCGUUAUUGUGCUUCGCCCAAAUCUUCCGUGAUCCGCGCACCGCCGGUCAGUCGUUGUGGAAGGUAGAAUCGUCAGAAUCGGACUACCAUCAGCCUUUUUUUGCACUUGCACCUUGCGCUUCGGCUGAAGACGAGCACUGUCUGCGUGGUGAGGACAAGGUGUGGAAAACGACUAGGUGCGGAAAAUUGAUUUUUCCGUACGGCCAGGUUCUAGUGCUGUUGAAGGCGAGGACGAGCUUUGGCGAAAAUUUUGAGUCUGGUUGUUGCAAAGAGUGAUUUUCUUCAAGAGGACCGUCCGCACCGAUAAGGAAAAAGCAAAUGGAUGCUGGUAUACCGGAAAUGAUCGAAACGACGGUGUUCCCCACAGUCGGCGAAGAAGUGGACAGUCAGUACGUGUGCAUUACGCUGCAGGUCCUCCCAGGACCCACAUACCCAGAUGUGAAGCCGACUAUAAGAUUAAAAAAUCCACGUGGUCUCGAUGAUCACAUCAUCAACAAUAUCGAAUCGGCAGUGCGCCAGAAACUGGACGAAUCGGUGGGUCAACCGGUGGUUUUCGAUCUGAUCGAUAUCAUUCGGGAGCACCUAACGGAGAGUAACCUUCCUUCGGGGCAGUGCGUCAUAUGUUUGUACGGGUUCCAAGAGGGGGAUGCCUUCACCAAAACCGUGUGCUAUCACUAUCUGCACAGUCACUGCCUGGCGUGCCACUUGAAUGCUUCGAAGCGAAAUUACGACGAAGAGCUGUCCAAAAUGCCCGUGUGGAAGCAAAAGGAAACCAAACCCUAUCAGGCGCAGUGUCCGGUCUGUAGGGAACCGAUUGAAGUUGAGGUGGAACCACUGUCCAAAUGUCGACCUCCGAGUGAGUUGAUCAAUGCGCCCAAGUUCCGGGUCACCGAUGAGCUCAAAACGUUGCAGGCACAAAUGAGUCGGCUCUAUUUGCACCAGAAGAGCAGGGGCGGGAUCAUCGAUCUGGACGCCGAGGAGGGUAACGUGAUUGCCAUUGAAACGGAAGGCGCCAACAAUGAGACAUCGAAAGUCACGAACGAAGUACUGCAUGAAAACCCCCCGAUGGAGAAUCAACCUGUACAACAGUUACAUAAGCAAAACAACGCAUCAUCGGCCCACAAUCAGCCACCCGCACAGCAUGACCGCGGAAAUUCUUCUAGACACUUCGGGGCGGGCCCCGGAGGUAGUCGAAACCAGCAAGGCAACCAUCGAGCAAACCGUGCUCCUCAGAACGGACCGGGACCAGCCCCGGUGGAGAUGGCUGAUGGUUCUCCCCAGCCUCAGCAGCACAAUUCUCACCACCACCAUCGUGGUGGCCACCGUCAUCGACGGGGCGGUCAUCACCACCACCAUUACCAUCACGGUGGCGGUCAUCGUCAUCGCGGCGGUAGUGAUAGUGGCGCAACGUCAGCCAAUGCCACCGGAACCGCUGCCGGUCAGAAGAACUCGGUAAACAAUUCGUGCGCAUCGAAUGCCAGGUGACAAUUGUUGCCCCCAGAAAUCGCACAGUGGAGCCAAAGCAACCACAGGUCGUCGCUAAUGCUCCGAGAUCGAGCGGCACUGCUGCUGCCGGAUGACGACACUUCAACCCAAUGGCGGCAGCGGUUGCUGAUAUAACACUUGGCCCAGCAAGGUAAGCCGCUCGUACAAACAUUCUCGCCCGCUAGGAUCGAUGAGGCCAAUUAUGCAAUUAUCGGAGCCACUAUGGCUCCUUUAUCUAAUCUUCGUAGCCCUGGCACCCAUAAACCAAGCGGUGGAUAUCAGCAAAAUGAUAUCCACACUAGUAGAAGUCCAUCUAGCACUCUUAUUAAUAGUCAAUCAAUUAAUGGUGUAACUCAUACCCUAUCCCUAACGUGUAAACCAAUGCGACUGAUUAGAAUAUCAUACUUUUUCCCGGGCGUGCCAAUAGCGGUGGUGAUGGAGGAGGGAAUGACGAUGUUGAUGGUGGUGCCGUUAUUGGCACUGCUGCUGGGAGUUCUAUUGUGUUUGGUACGAAUCUGUUGCCACGUGCGCCGUCGACGGCGGUGCACACCAAGUGCUAGUACUAGAGCAUUGCUUUUUGUGAUAGGUACUUUGUAAUGAUAUUUUAGGCGUAUAUCUGAUUUAUCAGGGUAUUGUGUGUUUGUGUUGGAUUGUGCUGAGUUUAUAUGCUGUGUAUUUAGCAUAAUGCGUUUUAUGCCGAAUGUGAUUAGUUGAGAUUGCUACAGAUUUUGUCAAUAUAACUGCAAGUUAUAGUUUUAGACUGUGAGUAGCCUUUUAUUCUAUCAGUUGCAUCAUACAGCUGGAACUGUAUUCUAUAAUCUCUGUGGGCACGCGUAAUUGUCUCUGCAGAAUCACCAUGCUAUUGACUGUUUGUACAAUGAAUUGGCAUGCACAGUUGAUUAAUAUGCAGAUUUAAAAUUGUCAAUGGCAUAGAACAUUCCAAACGAGAACCUUCAAGCUUGAAAGCAGUUUCAUGAUAUUUUGUUUCGUAGUUAUCUCCAGAAAGAAUCAUCUUCUGGAUAGCUUCCAGAUAAUUUCAAAGGAA